GCUUACUUGCUUGAAAUAUCAUUACCUGACGUGACAAACGAAACAUUUCAAAUUGGAAAAGUGCUAAGCGAUGCCGAGGCCGACGCGCGAGUCCUACGGCGAUCAGAAACCACCUUUUUCUUAUAUCGCCCUCACUGCAAUGGCUAUUUGGAGUUCGCCGGAGCGGAUGCUGCCGUUAUCAGAAAUAUAUAGGUUUAUCACUGAUCGGUUCCCUUACUAUAGACGGAAUACUCAGCGCUGGCAGAAUUCCCUGCGACAUAACCUUUCGUUUAACGACUGCUUCGUGAAAGUACCUCGGCGCCCGGACAGACCAGGCAAGGGUGCCUACUGGACGCUUCACCCGCAGGCAUUUGACAUGUUUGAAAAUGGCUCACUUCUUCGUCGCCGAAAGCGAUUUAAGCUACACAAAGGGGAAAAAGAUAGUUUGAAUGCAGAAUUAGCGGCGCUAGCGACUUUUAACAGAGCUUUCUUAGCACGCCAGGCGAAUUCUAAUCCAGGAGGAAUGUCGGGAGGAAUGUUCGCACCAUCUAUUAAUCUGUGCCCAAGACUCAGUCCAGAGCCAAUGGAGGCGCCAGACACGGCAGCAUUGCUGCCGACGGUACCGCGACCUCGUCGAGCAUUCACGAUAGAUGCAUUGUUGGAACCUGAGCCUCGGCGGUCCUCUCCUUCGCCUCCUAUGGUCCAGCAACCGCAUUGUCCAAUGCCAUUAUCUCCAACGCCGUAUUUGCUGGCAGCGCAGCGAUAUCACGCCGAACUUCUAGCCGGUCUACAACAAUCUUGCCUGCCUCCUCUUUGGACGUGGAGAGAUACCAGUCAAUUUUCACAUUACACGCUCAAUUCAUGA